CUAAUAUAAUAAAUGCAAAUGUUUGAAACUUUCUUUCUGUUCAGCAAGGUUUAUCAAUUGUUGUAGUGUGCAGACCUGAAAGGAUCACUUAUUUUUCUGGAGGUUUGCUACUCUCUGAUAGUAAUUUUCUGUUUUCUCUCUCUCUGUUUGUUUACAGAUAUCAGUAAUGCUCUAGUAAGAGCAUGGCAGUUUUUCAUGUGUUGACAUUAUGUGCUUAAUCCAUUAAUGUCUUCUUGAACCAAAACAUCAAACUUUUAGUUCUGUGUUUUUGGCUUGAAUGGCAUUCUGAGUUGCAUGAAUUCAUUAAGAAAGCAGACUUGUGUUUUCAUCUGCCAGAGUAUACCUGACAAUAAAUAGAUUGCUUAAUUUGUGUUUCUAAUACUUAUAUUUUUCUGAGAGCAUAAGCAUCCUAUUGGCUAUUUAUGAGAUACUUGCUAAUAUGAUAAAUGAUAAAUAUGUCCAUCAAAUGUUGUGUCAGUCAUUUCAGUAUUUUGAUUUUUCUUCACUUGGGUACCCAGUGAAUGUUUAGAAUUGUUGCAUUUUUUUAAUUGACAAAUUUCUCAGUGCAUUUAAAAAUACAGGAUUCAUGCCUCAUUGCCAACUUCUUGAACUUGCUUUUGUCGGCAUGUUUUUUUAAUAUUCAAAAAUAUUGGUCUUUAAGAUAGGUUCAGUAUUUUGCAGUGUUUAGCUUGUUUGAUGAUCCAAGCUGAUGCACCAAAAGCAUUUUUUCCUCUGAUAAGGGGAAAGAUUAUUUUAUUGCUGAUUUAUCUGAACUAUAGUAGUGUAGGUUAUUACUUUGACUAGUUAUGAAAGAGGUAUCAGCGUAAAUAAAGUCUUCAUUGGGAUACUGAUUUCUUCUAACAAACAAAUUGUGUCAAACAGCUAUUUCAUUUUUGCAACUUUUUUUUAUAACAUUGAAAUGGAAACAGACUGGGUCAUAUUUCAUGAGGCUGUGACACCUGCCUGAAAAGUCAAAAUAUAGCCCACUUGCUUGUUACUUCUUUAAUUCACAGUGUCUUUCCUGUUUUUAUUGUCCUCCUAAUUCUAAAUACAGUGUAUUAGUUUAGGCUUUGCUGUUACUCAGUUGUUUGAUUUCAGGAGAGAUAUUUUUCUGAAUGCUCUCCUUGGUAGUAGAAGAGUAAGCUAUAAAGUCACUUCCUACAUCUUGAAUAAAAAGGAGUUGUGCAACUCUCUUAAAUUUGCAGUAUUUGGUAGGUGAUAGAGGACCAGACUGUUCUAGUGACAAUACAAAGGAAAAAAACCAAUAUAGUCUCAUCGUUCCCGUAGGCUACUUCAGACAUAGUGUUAAUGAAUAAAUGAGUUUGUGUUUCAAUUUAAACCUAUAUUAGAUAGCAAUCCUGCCCUUUGAGUGAAUGUGAAGCAAUUGAACUUUCAGAAUUCUUUAGUGUCCAAACUGGACUGUUUUUAUGGACAUACUGGCCGUAACUACCUAGAACACGCUUCAGCCUGAUCUCCAAAUACCUGAGUCUUUGAAGACUUCUAGAGUCUAACCUAAGUUGAUCUGCUGUGCCUUGUCCUUGUCCUUAAGGAUUUCUGCACUGAGAGCUAUCUGCUAAGGGAAGUUGGACUUUACAGUCCAGUUGGUGAUUCUAGAGUCCAGUCCUAAUUCCCCAGUGUCUUUCUUUUGCUUUUUAGCAGUAUGAAAGACAGGAACUAAGCCCAAAGGAUUUGGCUUUGGAAAGAGCUACAGGAAUACUCUUUGCAAGAGUAAUGGUUAAAAUGUUACGGGUGUAAGCAGUCCACUUUCUGUGUGGGUGCCUUCUGUUUAUUCUUCCAAUGGGAUCUGAGUGCCUUUGGAAAGGUAGAACAGCUUGGAGGCAGCUCAGGGUUUAUGAUCAUCCAUGAACUAGUCUUGAGAACUUCCUGAUGAUUUCGCAUGGGAUGUGAUAUGUUCAGCUCCUCAUUUUUCGAAGUUCAGGCUGUUUUUCUGUUCUUUUCUAUGAAAUAUUUCAAGAUUAUGCAGUUGUUGUCUCUUUCUGUUUAUUUUAGUGGUGAUCACUUCUGUCUUUUUACAGAACAGCUGAAGUACUUUCAGGUACCACAUCAGGUGGUCUGAUUUAAUAGAAUUAUAGUAAUCAAGUUUUGUUGAAAUAUUACAAGAUACUUGAUUUUUCGUUCUAUAGUUAAACUUCUUUUUAAAUUGCAGAAGAAAAUUCCCAGCCUGUAGAUUAAUCAGUAUUGUGGUCAAUACAGAUAUGAUACACAUUUUAAUGGAAAUGAUUUCUAGAUAUAUUUGACCCAAGACCAAUGCCACUUGGCAGUAUUAUUCAGAAACUAGCGAGCAUGUUGGAUUUUGCUUUCAAGUAUAGAGAAGUUAACACCUUUGAUGAUGUCACUGCUACAUUUUUGCUACUUCACUUGCUUCCACAUUGUUUUUACAUAUUGCCCAGUGCCUUUGAUCUCAAGAGUGAAUGUUUAAAGAUAAUAAUCUCUUUUGCACAAGAAGAAGGUUUUAAGGCCUUUGUAAAGUCAUGGAUUGGAUCAUUUUUCAGUUGACAAUUUAAAGUGAGAGGUCAGAACUGCAUGGAGUUGAACAAUUACUCCUUUUUCCAGGGGAAAGGAAAGCCUUGUACAUUAUGUUUUCAUGUAGUCCAAGUAUAGGAGUAGAUUUUUCUUUCACUUCUCUUGUGGUGUCAUUAUUUACAGAAACUGAUUUUGUGUCCUUUUUUCUACUCGGGCAUAUUUAUCACAAGAUUGCUUAAAGGAUUGUGGCUUGUAAUUAAAGCUGUGGUUUUCAGCUUUUGAAGAAAUAUGAUCGUUUCAGGGUUGUUAUUGAUAGGGUCUGUGUGCUAUAAAUUUAUAGUCUAUUAAAGGGUGCAGUAAGUGUAAGUUUACACAUGAUAAAGAUUAGUGAUAUUUGCAUCAUUCUGUUACAGAGAAGUACUUGAUAACUAAAUUUUGCAAAGCAAAAUUUAAUUGGAUUACUUAGCCCAGAAAUGGAAAGUGUAAGUCCUUAGGGCAUUGUUUUUUGUUGUGAUUUCUUGCCCAGAAUAUAUUGUGCUGAAAUGUUUCCUACAGCUUCCUCAGCUACAAGCUUUUAAAGUUUGUGUAUGAGAAUUUUAGCGGGAAAAAAAAAGAUCAGGGCAUAAGGUACUGAUUCUUUUUUCCCCCUUGUAAAUGGUGUGGUGAAUGAGAGAUGACUUUGAAGUGGGUGCAGUAGAGUGGAAAUACUAUAUGAAUUGUAAUCUUCAAUUUCCUCUGAAGAAAUGUAAACAGGAUCCUCUAAACUUCUACUUGUGUUACUUCCUAUGCCUAGUUCUUACAUACAUGGAGAAAAGUACUGACUUAAAGAGAAACAUCAGAAGCCUUGCAUGUCUAGAUAAUAAAAUCAAUGUUCUCCUCUUUUUGUGUUCUGUGUUGAUGCAGUUUUAGUUGUGGCAGUGUUUCAAACGGAAUUCUAUAGAUUUUUUUUCUCUUUCAUGACGCUAACCUGCAGCACAAGCCAAACCCUCCUGCCAGUUGCUUUUCUUAAAGUUUUUCUUAAAUAAAGAGAAAUUCCUCAGUAAUACAGUAUCUUCUCAAAGGUAGCAUGUGUUUAACUUCCUCAGAUUAAUAUUUUCCUUAUAUCAUAUAGUAUUUAUAGGAUUGACUUCACUCAUUGAAGCAGGAGGAUGUAGAAGUUGCAACUUGUGUAUCAAAAGUUGCAUGACUAUAGGAGUUCAAAAGAAAGCUGUAUGAGUUUAGGCUGGAACUCUUUAAAGAAAAAUAUGUCUUUCCAUUGAAUUAAUAUGUGUGCACAUAGGUUUGCAGUUUAUUUCGUCUCUCUCAACUGUUUGAAACACUGGUGUUGGUUUUAAAGUAGGUUUUAAUAAAGGUUUUAUAAUGCCAGGAGUAGAAGAAAGAAAAUAUGUCUAAAUUUUCCAUAAGAAAAGAGAGAGAAAGAGAAGGGAGGGCAGAACAUCUGUGUAGUAAGAACUACUGACUAUGUAAUUUUAAAAAACUUUUUUAGAAACAUGUGAUAUGUUAUUAAAAGUAACCCCUUGCAGUAACUUACCCAUACCUAGUGUUUUUUGCAACGUUUCAUUUUGUUUCAAAUUUGAUGGGUGUUUAUGAAGCACAGAAAGAAUUUAUUUCAAAUUACUGGGAAAAGGUGAUUAUUUGUCUGUAGUGACUGGCAGUUUGAGGUGUGGAUAUAUUUGGUUGAUCCUGAGUCGGUGGAAGCAGUCAUAUGUUAUUGCUGAGGUCAUCAAGAUCCCUUGAAGUUACAGUGUUGGAUAAGUCAAAAUUCUUAGAGGAAUUGGAAUAGUUUCUGCUUCAAAUGACUCUGUUUUUACAAUAAAUUAUAAAUAGAUAAAAUGUGACUUCAUACAAAUGUUUUGUUCAUUGUUUUGUAGAUGAUGUUCUAACACCGAAUACAGAGAACGGUAAUUUUCCCUACCAAGUACCCAACUUCCAUAAGUGUGAGAUUUGUUUGCUGUCUUUUCCAAGAGAGACCCAGUUCCAGCGCCAUAUGAGGGAUCAUGAGCAAAAUGACAAGCCUCACCGGUGUGACCAGUGUCCGAUGUCAUUUAAUGUUGAAUUCAACCUGACACUUCACAAAUGUACUCACAAUGGCGAGGAUCCUACAUGUCCUGUGUGCAACAAGAAAUUCUCCAGAGUAGCCAGUCUGAAAGCACAUAUAAUGCUACAUGAGAAAGAGGAGAAUCUUAUCUGUUCAGAGUGUGGAGAUGAAUUCACUUUACAGAGUCAGCUGUCCAUGCACAUGGAAGAACAUCGUCAAGAAUUGGCAGGCAGUAGGAUUCACAGCUGCAAGUCUUGCAAAAAAGAAUUUGAAACUUCUUCACAGCUAAAGGAGCAUAUGAAAACUCACUAUAAAAUAAGGGUAUCAAAUACCAGAUCUUACAACAGAAACAUUGAUAGAAGUGGGUUUACCUAUUCCUGUCCUCACUGUGGAAAGACGUUCCAAAAACCAAGUCAGUUAACACGACAUGUUAGAAUACACACAGGUGAAAGGCCUUUCAAGUGCAGCGAGUGUGGGAAGGCCUUUAACCAGAAGGGGGCUCUGCAGACUCACAUGAUCAAGCACACGGGGGAGAAGCCCCACGCCUGUGCCUUUUGUCCCGCCGCCUUCUCCCAGAAAGGCAACCUGCAGUCACACAUACAGCGAGUUCACUCUGAGGUGAAGAAUGGCCCUACAUACAACUGUACAGAAUGUAGCUGUGUCUUCAAAAGCUUGGGUAGUUUAAAUACACAUAUCAGCAAGAUGCACAUGGGUGGUCCACAGAAUUCUGCAAGUGCUUCAACAGAUGUAUCUCAUGUUACAGCGGACUCUGUCACCCAGCCUUUAGCAACAUCCCCAUCUAAUCUUCUGCAACCUGUUGAUAACAAAUGGAAGAAUGCCACACAUUUUCGGUCUCCACUUCUUCAACAGACAGAAAACCAGGUGUCUCCAGCUGCUGCUCAUCAGGGUCAGCAGACUGUCACUGAUGUCAUCCAGCAGCUCCUUGAGUUAUCAGAACCAGGUCCAGUAGAAAAUAACCAGCCUCAACAACCUGGUCAACAGCUCAACAUUGCAGUGGGGAUCAGUAGAGAUAUUUUGCAGCAAGCAUUAGAGAACAGCGGGUUGUCAUCAAUUCCUGUCUCUGCACAUUCUACUGACUGCAGCCAGGCUAAGGCUGCUGGGGCCCAGGAUCAGAACCCAGAUGUCCCGAGUCUCUCAAAUCACCAGGGUGAUUCUAAUAGUGCCGAACAAGAUAAGGAGCAAGAGAGUACAGAUAAACUAGAUAAAAAAGAAAAAAAGUUCAUUAAGAAAAAAUCACCAUUUUUGCCUGGUUCUAUACGUGAAGAAAAUGGAAUCAGGUGGCAUGUUUGUCCAUAUUGCUCUAAAGAAUUUAAAAAACCAAGUGAUUUAGUGCGCCACAUUCGCAUUCACACCCAUGAGAAGCCAUUCAAGUGUCCCCAGUGUUUCCGCGCCUUUGCUGUGAAGAGCACUCUAACAGCACACAUAAAAACACACACUGGCAUUAAAGCUUUCAAGUGCCAAUUUUGUAUGAAAAGCUUUUCCACCUCAGGGAGUUUAAAAGUUCACAUUCGCCUGCAUACAGGUGUUAGGCCUUUUGCUUGUCCUCACUGUGACAAGAAGUUUAGAACAUCAGGCCAUCGGAAAACUCAUGUCACUUCACAUUUUAAACAUACAGAACUAAGAAAGCUACGACACCAACGUAAACCUGCAAAAGUUCGAGUAGGAAAGUCAAGUGGUCCAGUACCAGACAUUCCUUUGCAAGAGCCCAUACUCAUAACUGAUUUAGGUCUUAUCCAGCCAAUCCCGAGGAAUAGCCAGGUCUUCCAAAACUAUUUUAACAAUAAUUUUGUGAAUAAUGCAGAGAGACCAUACAAAUGCUAUUAUUGCCAUCGAGCCUAUAAAAAAUCUUGUCAUCUUAAACAACACAUCAGGUCUCACACAGGUGAAAAGCCAUUUAAGUGCUCUCAGUGUGGAAGAGGUUUUGUGUCAGCUGGAGUUCUGAAAGCACAUAUUAGAACACACACUGGACUGAAAGCUUUCAAGUGUGUUGUGUGCAAUGGGGCCUUCACUACUGGCGGUAGCCUCAGGCGACACAUGGGAAUCCAUAAUGACCUUCGACCAUAUAUGUGUCCCUACUGUCAAAAAACAUUCAAAACAUCACUCAACUGUAAAAAGCACAUGAAGACUCACAGAUAUGAACUUGCACAGCAACUUCAGCAGAAUCAGCAGUCUUCUUCAAUAGAUGAUUCUACAGUACAUCAACAGAGCAUUCAUGUUUCUACACAAAUGCAGGUGGAGAUACAAAGUGAUGAGCUACAGCAGUCAGAAACUGUUGCAACAGAUCAGCAGGCUAUUUUAGAGUUAGACCAGCAGCCAGUAGUAGGCACAGAAGAAACAGCACUAGAACAAGAAUUGACUGAUCAGCCUUUAGAGCAAGAUGAAGAUAGAUUUGUGACAUCCCAGCAUGCUUUACAGGAAAACAUCACUCAGUUUGAACAACAGACUAUAACACAGCAGCCAUUUGAUCAACAGACCUUAUCACAAGGUUUUACUGUGAAUGACAGCUACAAUCAACAGACUCAAUUUCCAGCUGUACAACAGCUGCAGGAUUCAAGCACACUUGAAUCUCAGGCUCUUUCUACGAGUUAUCAUCCACCUGCCCUUCUUCAGGUUCCAAAUACAGACACUAUAAACACCACUCGCUUGAUACAAGAUCAGUCACCACAGGAAGAGCUUGAAUUGCACACACAACGGCCUCAUUUUCUUGAGGAUAAUGAAGAUCAAAGUAGGCGUUCAUAUAGAUGUGAGUAUUGCAACAAGGGUUUUAAGAAAUCCAGCCAUUUGAAACAACAUGUACGAUCACAUACUGGUGAGAAACCUUACAAAUGCCAACUCUGUGGCCGUGGUUUUGUUUCCUCGGGAGUUCUUAAGUCACAUGAGAAGACUCAUACAGGAGUUAAAGCAUUCAGCUGUAGCAUUUGCAAUACCUCCUUCACAACUAAUGGCAGCCUUACCAGGCACAUGGCAACUCACAUGAGCAUGAAGCCUUACAAGUGCCCAUUCUGUGAUGAAAGCUUUCGAACAACUGUUCACUGCAAAAAACAUAUGAAAAAACAUCAGGCAGUUUCCUCAGCUGUAGCAGCAGCUACAGAUACAGGAGGGGGAGUUGCAUGUGUUGAAGAUGAUGAUGAAAGCUCUGAAAGAACUUCCAGAAAAUCUCGUCCUGGUGUCAUAACUUUUACAGAAGAAGAGACAGCAGAACUGGCAAAGAUUAGGCCUCAAGAAAGUGCCACUGUUUCAGAAAAAGUUCUUGUCCAGUCAGCUGCAGAGAAAGACAGAAUUAGUGAGAUCAAAGAUAAGCAAGCAGAACUGGAAGCAGAGCCCAAAUAUGCCAACUGUUGCAGUUAUUGUCCCAAAAGCUUUAAAAAACCUAGUGAUUUAGUCAGGCAUGUUCGUAUCCAUACUGGAGAGAAGCCGUAUAAGUGCGAUGAAUGUGGAAAGAGUUUCACUGUAAAAUCCACUCUGGAUUGUCAUGUUAAAACACACACAGGUCAGAAGCUCUUCUGUUGUCACGUGUGCAGCAAUUCUUUUUCUACAAAGGGCAGUCUAAAAGUCCACAUGCGCCUGCAUACGGGAGCAAAGCCCUUCAAAUGCCCACACUGUGAUUUGCGGUUUCGUACUUCAGGGCGCAGAAAAACCCACAUACAGUGUCAUUAUAAACCGGAUACAAAGAAAGUUAGGAAGCCUGUUGCACGGACUUCAACUGAGGGACUACAACCAGUCAGUCUUCUCAAUUCAUCCUCAACAGACCCUAAUGUUUUCAUCAUGAAUAACUCUGUUUUGACAAGUCAGUUUGAUCAAAAUUUACUUCAACAAGGACUUGUGGGCCAGGCUAUCCUGCCUGCUUCAGUAUCAGCUGGAGGUGACUUAACUGUGUCCUUGACAGAUGGUAGCUUGGCCACUCUUGAAGGAAUACAGUUACAACUUGCUGCUAAUCUGGUUGGACAAAAUGUUCAGAUAUCUGGAAUAGAUGCCACUGGUAUUAACAACAUAACAUUACAGAUUGAUCCAAGUAUCCUACAGCAGACAUUACAACAGAGUAAUUUACUUACUCAACAGCUGACUGGAGAUCCCACCAUGACUCCACAGAAUCCCUCCCUCCAGGCAACAGAAAAUGCAGUGCCAGCUAAUGUGGUUAUUCAGCCCAUAUCAGGCUUGUCUUUGCAGCCCACAGUAACAUCAUCUGCUAACAUGACAAUAGGGUCCCUGUCUGAGCAGGAGUCUGUGCUGACAACCAGCGCUAAUGGUGCACAAGACAUUACUCAAGUCAUGACUUCACAGGGUAUGGUGUCAUCUACAAAUGGACAGCAUGAGAUAAUGUUGACCAUAAAUAAUUCCAGUUUGAGUCAAGUUCUAGCUCAUGCUUCGGCUUCUACUACUGCGACCUCAUCAGGAAGUCCUCAAGAAAUCACUCUUACAAUAUCUGGCCAAGAUCUUAUUCAGCAUAAUUCUGGAAGCACUGAUCUGAACACUGGCUUAAGGCUGACAGCACCAACCAUCAGCAGUCAGACUACAGGUGCUACAUUAACUAUAAGCAAUGACCAGCUUCUUUCUCAGGGCCCUUCACUAAAUGCUCCAGAACUUAAUACAACAGGGGGAACAAACCUUCCUCCAGCAGCACCCAUAUCUCAGUCUGCAGUUUCUGCACAGAAUUUGGUAAUGUCUUCAUCAGGAGUUGGAGGAGAUGGUAGUGUCACUUUGACUCUUGCUGACACUCAGGGAAUGUUGUCAGGUGGUCUUGAUGCAGUUACACUUAAUAUCACUUCACAGGGUCAGCAGUUCCCUGCUAUACUCACAGAUUCCAGUCUUGCUAGCCAAAGUGGAUCAGGAUCACAGCAAGUCAUACUGGUGAGCCAUACACCCCAUUCAGCACCUGCAAACUCUGAUGAAAUAACAUAUCAGGUGACAGAAGUCUCCCCUAAUGUGGCUAAAAGCAAUCAAGCAGAAAAAGAAACUCGUGGGCACCAGUGUUUUGAGUGUAGCCAAACCUUUUAUUCUGUCACCAUGCUGACGCACCACUGCAAAGAGGUUCAUGGCAAGGAGCGAAUACACGUUUGCCAGAUCUGCAAUAAGGCCUUUAAGCGGGCAACACAUCUCAAGGAACACAUGCAAACUCAUCAGGGUGGACCUUCACUAAGUUCACAGAAGCCUAGAGUGUUUAAGUGUGAUACUUGUGAAAAAGCUUUCGCUAAGCCAAGUCAGCUGGAGAGACACAGUCGCAUCCACACAGGGGAACGGCCAUUUCAGUGUACACUGUGUGAAAAGGCAUUUAACCAGAAGAGUGCUCUUAAAGUCCACAUGAAAAGGCACACAGGAGAGAGACCUUAUAAAUGUGAUUACUGUGCCAUGGGAUUUACACAGAAAAGCAAUAUGAAACUGCAUAUGAAACGGACUCAUGGUUACACUGGUCCUGUACAAGAGCCUGCAAGUCACCAAGAGCAAGAAGGGGAAGACAUCAGUCGUGCUCUGAAUUUAGAAGAAGUGGUACAAGAAUCUUCAAAUGAAUGGCAAAAUAUAGGCAAUGUUUUUCGAUAACACCUUGAAAUUUGAAAGCUAAAAAUGUUUCUGGGACUUGAACUUUACAGUUAAAGCUUCAAGCAUUGAAGAUACUAACGAUAGAAUAAUAUAUUAUAGUUUUUUUUAAUUAUUUACAGAAGUUACCUAAAAGAUGAUUUUUUUUAAGCUUAUAGAAGAAUAUUGGGAAAACUUCAUUUAAUCUGUGCUAAGUUGUCUGUGAAUCAAUGAACUCAGGUAAUAAUGUAUACAGUUUCAUCUUUGAAUUUACAGACAGUAUAUCUAUUUAAAGAUAAACUGGAACUUUAUAUCAGAAUAGAAUGAUUCCCGUUUUUAAUGGGGAUGAAGAAUAACGUCACAGGAAAAUCAUGGAACUGUCAGUCAACUAUUUUUUUUAUGUUUAAAGAAAUAAUUGGAAACAAAGUGUUGCAGUUGAUAAUGCAUGCAGUAUAAAAUAGUGGAGUUUUGCCGUUUUUUUCCUUACAAGGCACAGGAAAAGGCUGUAUUUUUUUUUUAA